ACAGUUGACAGCCCGAGUGGCGGUCGUUGGGUGAAAAACAUGGCUGAAUUAUCUUUUUCAUAAGGCAAAGGUAAAAGUAAUGAUGCAAGCAAACAAUAAUGGACUCGCGUGUAGUAAACGGGAAAUUGGGCCUGGUUCUGGCCGGGUCCAGGUGACUGUGAUGGAUGAAUCAGGCCCCUUCAACCCAGCUCCAGCCAUGGAAGUCUGUGAUGAAGCGGAAGCAACCGUGGAACUCUAUCUGUCCCAGGAGAGGCUGGAAUUACUGUGCGGAACAAAUGAUCUGUCUCAGGUGACUUCACUGGAAAUCUGCGUGGACACUCAAGAAAACAGCCUCGGUAACUUUGGUUCUUACUUGCCCAAGCUGGUGCAGCUCAAAAUGAACAACAGUGUCCUCAUAUCUACACGGAACUUGGGGACCACCUUAUCCCACCUACAUGUUCUCUGGAUGUCUUGUUGCUGCCUGCAAGACCUCGAUGGCAUUUCGACUCUUUCCUCUCUCAGGGAAUUGUAUUUAGCCUUUAACAACGUGUCAGACUUGAGUCCGGUCGGCAUGCUGGAGAAUCUACAAGUGUUAGAUCUGGAAGGGAAUGAUGUGAAUGAUCUCAUCCAGAUUCAGUAUCUCAGGUUGUGUGGCAAACUGCAGACCCUCACCUUGGAGGGAAACCCCGUGUGUCUGCAGCCAAACCCGACUACCACACAAAUCGACUACAAUUAUCGGGAAACAGUGAGUGAGUUGGUUCCACAGCUGAGUUACCUUGACAAUGCAAGAGUGGAGGAUGGCAGUUUGGGCUCGAGCAGCACCAUGUGGGAAGAGUGGGCUAUCCUCCGAAAUUGCCUCAGGCACCUCUCACAGGCAUCCACCGAAGACCAAACGGAAGCAACCGGUGCAUAUAGCUGGCCCAGCUCAUCCAGGCGUCUUGCCUCGAGCCUUCGGCCGCCCUCAUUGGCAGGCACAACUAGAUCCAGACCUAUAUCAACGAAUUCAUCUAGGUUUCCAUCCUCUCCACUGUCCACACCUGAUUCUGAAGAUUCAGACUUAACUGAAGUCAGCGAAGACAGCAGUGUCCUCACACAUGGAGCUGGUAAGAUUGUGUUUUGUGGAAACCCUGUCAAGGCUAUACGAGCAAGACGUGAAAAGUUGAAGACAGUACGCUGCAUGUCUGCUUUUACCCCCCUUGACCAGGCCAUUCAUGUACAAGAGCAUAUGCUGAACCCUCCUGACAUUGAUGGGAAGGAGAGCAAUGAUGUGCUUGCUGAAGUCAGAACCUGGAGGGAGGAACACUGCAGGCAUCACAAAGAAAUACAGAGAGAUAGACUACCACAGGUACUAGUUGUUCAACAUGGCAACGACUACGAACAGGCCGAUUAUGAUGAAAGGGAAGGAUUUGACACAAUGAGCAGCGAGAAAAGUGAUGAAGAACAUUGUGACCCAAGUCCAUCUAAUUCAUCUCUCAAGUCUAAAUGUAAAGACAGCCUUAAACCCAUGUCUGCUGAUGUGGAUCCCGUUUCCUGUGGCAACAUACAUUUUCCUUGCCCUCCUCUAAAUUCCAAAUCAGCCUCUGGUAGGAAGAACCCCAUAGGAAUCCGUGCACAUAGGAUUCGAAUCAACCCAGACAAUUCAGAACAAAAGCUUUCCUGCAGCGAAGGAUACAGUGUUGUGAAGGCCACAAGCACUUCACAGGCUGAUAUGCCAUUCAAGCAGCAGUUGACAAGGAUAAAUAAGCCUUGCCCGCCAUCACCUUUCAGCAUUACCCAUCCAUAUAAAUUAAGUAACUUGGGAGGACAGCAGAAGGACUUCUGUUUUGAGAUGGAUGUGUACAGCCUCGCAACGAAAGUGAACUGUCCAAGAUCCUGAAGAGAGCAGCAGCUUCAAGUGCCCUCAGAGUGAGCACAAAUAAAGACUGUCACCAGAAUUCGCAUAAUUAGAAAGUCUGGACGAAAGAGACUUUAUUUAUAUGCCUUAAUGAAACCUUUUCCUCACUGGCGACAAUGAAACUUAUUUUUGUUUCCCUCUUUAAGGGCCGACCAUAAAGGUGUAAAAACAAAGACAAAUCCUUUCAUUCAUUCAUUCAUCUUCCUAACCGCUUGAUCCUCUCUAGGGCCGCGGGGGGUGCUGGAGCCUAUCCCAGCUCAAAGACAAAUCACUUUAUUAAUAUCUGUCUUCGUAUUUUACCCUGACUUAUUACAGUUGCAUCUCUAAAUAUGACCUAUUAAUAGGAAUGAAUAAUGGCAUGCUAACAAAAUGUUGCGCAGCAAUGGGAAAAUAGUCAGCUUGCAGUUUUGUUUUGACAAAUUCUACAUUUUCUUCUUGAAAUCGUUUUUUGAAUGCAAAUUAUACAAGACAAAAUGUAAAUGAACAAAUCGUGAUUGCAUUUAAACUCAGGUUUAAGGUAAAAAAAAAAAGUUAAAUGUUUUCCACUGGACAUGACUCAUGGUGUGAUAGCCUUAUGUGCCACUUGAGGGCACUAAGUCUCAAGGAUACAUUGCAGCAGGCUUGUAGGUAGGAGGUCCGUCGUAAUUGAAGUUGUUGAAGCUGCCAGUAAGUAGCCAAAACAUUUUUUUUUUGUGUAAACGGCAAUACAAAUGUAUUCCAAGCUAUGCUCAUGGGGAAGAUGUCAUCUUUGCUGAAUGCAAAAGGAGUCAUUUAAGUCUCAUUGCAUGGUUCUGCUGUCUAAUGUGCCCACCCAGGGGAAUUGCAAGAGAUGGUGAUGUCAUGUCAGUGCCGUGAAUUCAAAAAGUGUAUUUUCUCUGGCCCCUGUCUGUCAUUUGUCAUUGUCUGGCCAUUUAGCAUUUACUUACAGCACACCUGGUUCCACCUGCAGGUAUAGUUGACAGCAGAAAGAUAACGAUACUCUAAAUAGUCAUGUCAAACCUCAGAUUAGUCAUUGUCGGUGGUUCGUACUUGUUUAGACCAAGUCCCUGGCUGGAAGCAAAAUAAGCAAAAUAUGAGAUGCCCCUUUGCUUAUGUGGGAUAGGACGGCACCCAAACCUAUCAGAGCACUGGUAAUCAUGUAGUGGACAAGUUGCCCACCCUCAAUUGCCACCAGGCCACAAUUGCCAUUUUACCUUUCCCUUUCAGGUGGCAAAUCUGUUGGUUCGUGGGUGGGAUAUUGAUUCUGCUUGUAACCCCGGCACGUCGGAUUUAACAGUAAAACCUCUUUGUACUUUCCUCAAGACACCUCAGUUUUUGUUUUUUGUUUUACUGGUAAAUUUGAUUUCACUUGUUCUCCAAUCGGGUACAGCUCAUGCAACUGCAGAGAUUAUUUGUGUAAAAAAUAACCAAUACACAAUCACAAGCACAGAAUAAAAUGUAAAAAACUAUAGAGUGAAGCUGUUGCAG